AUGGUUCAGCAGGCUCACGUAUACGAGGACGGCUCUUUCGACGCAGUUGUAGACAAGGGGACCCUCGACGCCCUCAUGUCAGAGGACACCGUCGAGGUCAGGGAGAGCGGCGAAGCCAUGCUGCGGGAGGUUAAGAGAGUCCUCAAGCCCACAGGAAGGUACAUGUGCGUGACGCUUUGGCAGGAUUUCAUCGGCUCGGCCUUCCUCUCCUCGUUUGCACCGGCCGCCGUUCUCCCCGCCGCCGGCGCUGCUGCCGCUGCGGCCAACUCCGACGGCGACAUGUGCGGUAUGUCUUCUUGGAAGCUCGACCUGCACUCCGCAGCCGCCACGUCCAAGCCCUCGCCCUACCUCCCCGUGUGCGUGGUUGCGACGAAAUCGUCGGCCACCCACGAAAGAGAACCUAUCGCGGAGGCCGGUGGCGAGGGGGGUGGUGAAGCUAUGCGCGUGACGGCGUGGUGCGACAUGGCAGGGAGACCGCUGGGUGUCGGAGGGGAGCCGUCGGUACUGGUUGGCGAGACAGAAGAGGACCUGUGGGGAGAAGGGGAACACGACUCCCCCCGCUUUACGCUGCUAGUCGUGGACGUGUCCAGCGACGGCAGGGCGAGCACGGUGCCUUGCGCGGUCGUACUGAUUCCUCGAGGCAGGGACCGAGACUUUGCCUUCUCAUCUCGCGAGGGUCUCCAUCAGGUAGCCGCAAGCGCGAACGCUCGUCGUCUUAUUGCCGUCCGCCUCAACCGCGGGCACGACUUCUCCCACGGGGUGGAAGGGGUCAAGGCGGAGAUCUCCCCUUCCAUCUCCGACUUUGCUCCCGAGGCUUCGGCGACGGCCACCGGAGGGCCCGGCAUACCCAUCAUGGCCGUGGCCGACGGCUUGGGCGCGGAGGGCAGGGUUGUAGCGGAAGGGCGCCUGGAGUGUAGCGGCAACUACGUGGUGGAGGAGGAAGAGGAGGAGGACGAGGACGAGGAUGAAGACGCGGGUCGGCCGGCUGGGGUCUACCGAAGGCUGAUUUUCCUCAAGAACGAAGGCGUGGUGCAGACGGAGGUACGAAUGCUGAGGGAGGGAGAGGACGACGGGGCGGGGCCUCCGCCGGCUUCUUCUCGCAAGUCCUCCAAGAGCGGGGGCGGCAAGAAAGGGAAGGGGAAGGGGAAGGGCGCAAAAGGCGGGAAAAAAACGCCUCCGCCUGCGGCCGUGGCGACCGGUGCUGGCGGUGGAGGGGGUGUGGUUGAGGGGGGAGGCAGGGUGGACUCUAGCCACCUUUGCUUCGAGUACCACAGGUGCAUGAUCGCCGGCGCCGCUUUUGCUGACUUCCGCAUUACCACCGGCACAAGUGGCGGCGGCGGCGGCAGCGGCAGCGAUGGGCAGCAAAAAGGUAACCGAGCCGGCGCCCGAGCGCCCACCGCUCUCGUGAUUGGCCUUGGCGGGGGCGCUCUUCCUAUGGCUCUUCGGCGAAUGUACCCAACGGUGAAGGUGGCCACCGUAGAGCUGGACCCUGAGAUGGCGGGGGUAGCCAAGGACUACUUCGGGUUGAGGGAAUCACCAGAUGGCCUCAAGGUCAUCGUUGAGGACGGUGUAGCCUUCGUGAAUGCCGCGGUUGCUUCUGCUACUGGCGAGGAUGGGUUGUCUGCCAACGCCGCCCGGCUUGAUUCAACAUCACCACCAUGCACGCAACCGACUUCAACGCCCGAGCUAUCGGGCACCCCCGCGGGCUCAGCCCCUGCGGCGGCCGACCCUCCAAAGCCGGCGGCAGCGAGUCUUGCCACGGAGACGGUGCUACCGCCUCGGCCCCCCGACGCUAACGAUCGCAGCCAUCAAACCGGAUGGGGAGAAGCGUUCGGCCCGCCAUACUCGGCCAUUUUUCUCGACGUCGACAGCAAGGACACGUCGGUGGGGAUGAGUUGCCCCCCGGCCGCGUUCCUAGAGCCCGCCUUCCUGACCAACUUGAAAACCCUCCUACAUGGUGGCGGUGGUAGUGGUGGUGGCGGUCAGGGGGGUGCCGGGGGACCUGGGGUUUUGGCGAUCAACGUGGCCGCGCGGUCGAAAGAGCUUUUUGGCGGGGCGGUGGACGCUGUUUGUGCAGCGUUUGCAGGAGGAGAGGUCCACAAACUCCGUGCUGGUGCGGACGACGUGAACUCCGUGGUGCUGGCGUUACCCAGACCGAGGGGACGCGCGCGAUCGGGCCCCCUGUUGGCGGUGGCUGAGCAGGCGCUGACGUCUGCGACGGUUUCCAGGAAAGCGCUGGCGAGCAUUCUGGAAAUGUGUGAUCGUGCCGAGAUGGUGCAAGCGGCGCAACCGCCCAAGGUGAAUUCCAAGACAACCGCUGGCGGGAAGGGCGGGAAGAGCAAGCGCUCGGGCCGUUGAGAGCUGCUUGUUGAGCAAGGCUCCCGGUGUCUGGCUACAAGUUUACGAAGGGGCGAGGAUCAGGGAGACCCGCCACAGACUGCUGGUGCUGUUUUCGUGGGGUCAGCAGAAGCGACCCAGCUCAUCGGUACGCAACAGGGGCAAGGGAUAUAUUGAAAUAGCCUCUCCCAUGGGACAACAGCGACCCACUUGCCACUUCCUCAGGCCGAGGAGGCGCAGAGGAUUUUGUCCUUUGCGUCGAGAACCGUUGAAAAAAAGGGUCGAGGCAUAGUGGUACGGGCUUUGAAGGGGUGCGGAGAUAGACAGCGAGACAAUCGCGACGCACUUCUCUUUCUUGGAUGUGUUUUCCGUGGAGGAACUAGACUAAAGAGGCUCCAACCGCCGUAGUUGCGAAUGCAGGCCGCCAGCAGUAGUAGUAUAUCCCCCCUCGCCUACCUGUAGUCCUUUUGUAUGCACCGUUUCCCAGAAGAUUUGCUGGAUAUGUGAUGUUGUUAUUGGCCUUGUGCCAAAACUGCUACCCAGAACAUGCUUGGUUGUUUGGUGAAGGUCGUGGAUUCAACAUCCCGGCGUUACACAGCGGUGUUUCGGGAGCGCUUGUUCCUGGGUGAAACAAGUUCGACAUUACAUGACAUGAUUGGUGACGAGCGAAAGUAGAUUCCAGAUCCUUCCUCGUCAUGCGAUCGAAGGCAUGCAGCGCUGGCAAUUCUUCCGUGCGACUCACUCUCACUGAGGAUCCGUGCCCCUCGGCACAAAAGCAAGGAGGGCCAUACAUGGUUUGGAUUGAUAUCGCAAGCGACGGUUUCAGAAGUGAUCGCUUCAAAAAAUCAUAAACGAUGGAAGUCAUAUCCUCUUAUGUUUUUGCCGAGGAGCCGGCCGAUUGGCCAGAUAAGCCGUUCCUAAAUAGCAGUGCGCACCACCGUUGCUGUUUGAAAAAUGCAUGAGUUUCGUAUGCCUACGUCGCCCAAGAUGUCCAUUGUUUGGGUGCAUCAUCCCUGUUCGAGUUACAACAGACAACUACCCUUGUUCUUGCUCCUCCUUGUCCUCCAGAACUGUAGCACCAACCGACGCAUGGUGCUGUUCACGCCGCCGCCGUGCGAUGCACGUGCCUCCGCUCUAUACUCAAGUGUACCCAAUCAAGUCGCAACACGUCGCAGGCUAGUUACUGCUGCUAUAGGCUCCUUCGUCUGCUGCGGCGCCUACCACCGGGGUCACCUCGAACGAUAUUGACGUCAUGACGUCAUGCCGGGCGGAAGAGCUUUCUCCGAAGUACAUGUCUAGUCUAAGGCGUCUCGGUUGAUCCACAUCUAGAAAAAACAACCACUGACUGAUGCGAGCGCCAGCUCUCGAGAGACCUACGACAAAAGAUGGUUCUAUAGAGACGUUUGACUCUGAGGUAUUACUCUAACGCUCAUCGUCGAGAUACACCCCCGCCCCGCAGUUCAUGUUAUCAUGGUUGCCUUCGCGGCCCGUGGUUCCCUUUCUCUGCAACACUUGUCUCCAGGAUGCGGUUAGAGCGUCUUCAAGAUGUUCCCGUCGUCGCCGUUGCUGUUGCUGCUGCU